UCUUCACGGUGGGCUGAAGCUGAGGCCGGGCGCCGCCUUGCUUGGAAGAAGCGGGGCGCGAUGGAUCCGGGCUCGCUCUUGCUGGAGGCGGCGAACUGGAGCACCAUCGCGGCCUGCCUGGUGCUCAAAUUGCCCCAGGGAGCCGCCUUGGUGGCCGCCAGGUCCGCCCGAGGAGUCAGCCUGGAAAGUUUAUUACUGGAGCUCGGCGGUUUCCUUGUUUGCCUGAGAUACAUGAGUUACUACCAUUAUCCUCAGCUAACAUAUAUAGAAUAUCCCCUCAUGAUUAUGCAAGAUAUCAUUCUUUGCCUGCUUGUUCUGCAUUUCAAUGGCAAAAUGAAGCAUGCUUUGCCUUACACAGUCAUAUUUGUGGCAGGAUGGUAUGCUAUAACUCUGCAGGAAUGGAUAUUGGACUUGAGUAUGAACCUGAGCACAGUGGUCAGUGCAGCAAGUAAACUUGCUCAGCUCCAGUGUCUUUGGCAGACUAGAGAUUCUGAACAAGUGAGUGCCACAACUUGGGGAUUAGCCAUAUACACCUGUGCAGCAAGAAUAUUUACAACAUUAAUGACUACAAAGGAUUCUACAGUUCUGAUCCGUUUUGUAGUCAUGAUGGCUCUUAAUAUUUGGGUCAUCGCUACUAUAUUGGAAUACCGGAAGGCUAAGAAACAAGACUAAGAUGCAGAUCCUCCUCCUUUUUAAACAAAAACUAAAAUUGAGACAUUCCAUUAAAUGAGAGCUGAUGUUUACAUACUUUACAUGUACCUAACAUUCAGUGCCAACACCUCAGGUGCAUUGUGAUGUUUAUGAUUACUGUUUGUAAAAAUAAUUGGCUAGAUGAACAAAGUAUUUCAUUUUAUAUGAGCAGAUUGCAUAACAAACUUCUCAAACUGGUUGAUUUUUAUUUGCUGGUUAUCUCCGCGGACAAUCCCACCCUUCUAGCUCAGUAGGACCAACAACAGUUCAAGCCAACAGAAAACUAAUGUUUUACAUUUAUUGAAUUGCUGGUUUUUCAGAACUGUAUUUCUGGCAACUGUUACCUGUGGGGGUUUUUUCAUUAAGGUGAAAUUUAUCCUCCAAAGAUAAACUAGCCUAUGAGGAAAUCUUUCUCCGAUUUCCUCAUGCUAAAUGGCCCUCUAAAUCUUCAUCUUAAAAAAAGACCUGUGUAUUUUAUUAAGAGUAUUUCAAAACAGCUUCAACUACAAAAUAAUAAAUAAAUCCUUUUAUUUCAGUUCCUGCACUUUAAAUAUGUUAAACUUGAUACUUUUUUGGGGUUUAUGUGUCAGUCUAUAUUUUUUUGAACCAAAUUUGUAUCGCUAUUUUGAGUAGCUGUUAACUGUUAUACUUUGGUUCCAAAUAUAAACAAAUACAUGAAACCUGAAGAACAACAAUAUUUCAGCAAUUCUUUGAACUUGGUUUAGUGUCCCACUAGGUUUCAAGAAGUAUAACUAUCAUUAGUGCUUAAUUCUCAAAGUUACUUCAGCAAUAAAGAACGGCGGCAUUUCAAAAAAAGAUUAGUAAAGCUCUGUGUCUAUUCUUUGAACUAAGUAUGCAGCUUUCUGCAUUUAAACUUAAUUAAGGAAAUAAAGUGCUUUUGUUUAAUGUUAAGUGCAGUACCUUAAUUACAUUUUCAAAAUUUCUUUAACUCUUGAAUAAUUGUGCAUCUCAUAUGGGAAUUAAAAAAAAAAAAAUGACCUGCUCUAUCAUGUGGGAAAUUAUCAUCAGGGAAAUUAAGUAUUUAUGAGUUCAGCUUGUCCCGGUAAAGGGUUUUUGUCAAAUUAUAGAUACAACAUUUUAUUAUGGAGGUGGGAAAGCUAUUUUGUUUAGCCUGGUUUGUCAGGAUUUUUGUAAGGAUAAAAGAAAAAACAUCUACAUGCAUUCCAUCUGAGAUGACAUAAAGAUUAAACAUUUUAAAUUACAAUACCAUGUAA